CGCUGUUUGAACAUGGCGAGCCUGGCAGAUGUCGGUUGGAAACUCCUGGAAUUCAAAACCCGAUCAAAACGAUCAGAUUUGUGAUUUAGCUGAGAGAGAGGGACGAUUGGCCUUAAUUUCGCCUUUUGAGAAUGGCUGAUUCAGUGGCCGCGCCCCCCCGGCCUCAUCGGGAAGUUGUCCGACUUGGUUCCAUCUAUGAACCUCUUAAGCUGUCCAGUUUCCAUCGUGAGGAUGAGCCCCUAUGGGAGAAGCUGGACCGCUACUACAAUGCUGUCAAGACAACCAUUCUGAACUACCAGAGUCCCACCACAGGCCUUUUCCCUGUCAAAACAUGCUCCGAGUGCAAAGAGGCCAAGGUCCGGGACUCCCUGUAUUGUGCUGCUGGUGCCUGGGCCCUGGCCCUGGCCUACAGACGCAUUGAUGACAACAUGGGGCGAACCCAUGAGUUGGAGCAUUCUGCCAUCAAGUGUAUGAGAGGGAUCCUCUACUGCUACAUGAGACAGGCUGAUAAGGUGGAGCAGUUUAAACAGGAUCCCAGCCCCUCUAAGUGUCUGCACUCAGUGUUCGACGUAGACACCGGUGACGAGGUUCACUCCUACAGCGACUACCACCACCUGCAGAUCGAUGCUGUUUCUCUGUUUCUGCUGUACCUGGUGGAGAUGAUCUGCUCUGGCCUUCAGAUCAUUUACAACACUGAUGAGGUUUCCUUCAUCCAGAACCUGGUGUUCUGUGUGGAGAGGGCCUACAGGGUGCCUGACUACGGCAUGUGGGAACGAGGCAGCAAAUACAACAAUGGCAGCACUGAGCUGCAUUCGAGCUCUGUGGGUCUGGCAAAAGCUGCUCUGGAGGCCAUCAAUGGAUUCAACCUGUUUGGAAACCAGGGCUGUUCGUGGUCGGUGAUAUUUGUGGACCUGGACGCCCACAACAGGAACAGGCAAACCCUCUGCUCCCUGCUGCCCAGAGAGUCUCGCUCCCAUAACACCGAUGCAGCCUUGCUCCCAACCAUCAGCUAUCCUGCCUUUGCCGUGGAUGAUGAUGCUCUGUACAGUCAAACACUGGACAAGAUAGUUCGCAAGUUGAAGGGAAAAUAUGGCUUCAAACGUUUCCUCCGCGAUGGCUACCGCACGGCCAAUGAAGACAAGGAUCGUCGCUACUACAAACCUGCUGAAAUGAAGCUUUUUGAUGGAAUCGAGUGCGAGUUUCCCAUAUUUUUUAUCUACAUGAUGAUUGACGGAGUGUUCAGAGGAAAUAAAGCUCAAGUCAAAGAAUACCAGGAUCUCCUUGAUCCCAUCAUCUUCCAGUCAUAUGAGGGCCAUGCUGUCGUCCCCAAAUACUACUACGUACCGGCCGAUUUUGUGGAGGCGGAGCAGAACAAGCACGGGAGCCAGAAGCGUUUCCCUAGCAACUCUGGACGUGAUGGGAAGGUCUUCCUGUGGGGCCAGGCCUUGUACAACAUCGCCAAACUGCUAGUGGAUGAAUUGAUCAGCCCUAAAGAUCUUGAUCCAAUCCACCGCUACGUGCCCCGACAGGACCAGCGAAACGUCAGCAUGCGAUACUCCAAUCAGGGCCCCAUAGUGAAUGAUGUUGUGAUUCACGUGGCCCUUAUUGCUGAGAGCCAGAGAUUGCAGGUGUUUCUGAACACCUAUGGCAUUCAGACUCAGACGCCCCAGCAGGUGGAGCCGAUCCAGAUCUGGCCUCAGAAAGAACUGGUCAAGGCAUACCGUUUCCUUGCCAUUAACAAGAAGCUGGGGUUGAGUGGGCGUCCAGAGAGGCCAGUGGGCUGCAUCGGGACCUGCAAGAUUUAUCGUAUCCUGGGCAAGACAGUGGUGUGCUACCCAAUAGUGUUUGAUCUAAGUGACUUUUACUUGUCCCAGGAUGUAAUGCUGCUGAUUGAUGACAUCACGAACGCCCUGCAGUUCAUCAAACAGUGCUGGAAAAUGCAGGGACGUCCUCUCUUCCUGGUUCUCAUCCGUGAGGAUAACAUCAAGGGGAGCCGCUUCAACCCAGUCUUAGACAUGCUGGCAUCUUUCAAGAAAGGCAACAUCGGUGGGGUCAAGGUUCACGUCGACAGACUUCAGACCCUGAUAUCUGGAGCAGUGGUGGAGCAGCUGGACUUCCUGCGUGUUAAUGAGGCAGAGAUCUCGGAGUUUAAGAGCUUUGAGGAGCUGGAGCUGCCUAAACACUCCAAGGUGAAGCGUCAGAUGAGUACGCCCAACGCCUCAGACCUGGAGCAGCAGCCAGAGAUCAGUGUGGAGGAGUGGCUGCACAAGCCCACGGAUGAGAUCAUCCAGAAGUUCCAUGACUCCAACUGCUUGGCCAGCCAGGCUCAGCUCGCAGGGAUCCUUCUGAGGAGGGAAGGACCAGACUUUCUUGCUAAAGAUGAAACAUGUGUGCUUGCAGAGAACCUGUCGGCUGAACUGGAGAGAAUCUACAGAAGAGCUGGCAGCAGAAAGCUUUGGUCUGUUGUUCGCCUUGCUGCCAGUCUCUUAACUAAGCUAGUGGACAGCCUUGCUCCCAGUAUAACUAGUGUUUUAGUGCAUGGCAAGCAGGUGACUCUCGGGCUUUUCGGCCAUGAGGAAGAGGUGAUCUCCAACCCGCUGUCGCCUGGGGUGAUCCAGGGCAUCAUCUACAGCAAGUGCUCCCCUCACGGUGGCGAGCGGGAGGCUGUUCUUCAGCAGGAGCUGGUCAUCCACAUCGGAUGGAUUAUCUCCAACAACCCAGAGCUGUUCAGCGGCAUGCUCAAGAUCAGAGUCGGCUGGAUCGUCCAGGCCAUGAAACAUGAGCUGAAGAUCCGGGCAGGAGACAUGCCCCCCCAGGACAUCUACCAACUCUCCCCCAGUGACAUCAAGCAGCUCCUGCUGGACGUCCUGCAGCCGCAGAACACCGGCAGGUCAUGGCUGAACAGGCGUCAGAUCGAUGGCUCUCUGAACAGGACCCCUCUGGGCUUUUAUGACCGUGUGUGGCAGAUCCUAGAGAGGACCCCCAAUGGUAUUCGGGUGGCUGGGACUCACCUCCCGCAGCAGCCCACACUGUCUGACAUGACCAUGUACGAGAUGAACUUCUCCCUGCUGGUGGAGGACAAGCUGAAGAAGAUUGUCCUGCCUGAGUACAGACAAAUCAUAGUGGAGUUGCUGAUGGUGGUGUCCAUCUUGCUGGAAAGAAACCCGGAGCUGGAGUUUAGCGACCAGGUGGAUCUGGACAUUCUGGUGAAGGAAGCCUUCAGUGAUUUCCAGAGGGAUCACAGCAGCUUAGAGGGCAAAGAGAAACAGGAAUGUGAUCUCUCUCCCUCUUUGCCUCUGUUGCAUUUGUCCCAGGAUGGUAUGGAGGCCUUCUACAACACAGCUCCUGUGGGAAAGAGAAGCACCUCCAACUAUCUGACCAAGGCGGUUAUGAUCCAGUUACUGCAGGGGGAUGUCAAGCCCUGCAAGGAUGACCCCUGUUCUGUUAGUUAGAUUUACAAUGUUAGACACUCUUGUCCCGCCCCUAUUCAGUAUAGUCAUCAAAUGGUCCAGUAAGGACAGCUGAGGAUCCAUCCCACAUAUUCAGAAGAGAACCUCUCUCCUACCCACUCCUUCUAAGCUGCACAUGUUCUGCUUCAAAAGCAACUGAAGCACUAAGCAGAGGUUUCAACUGGAGUAGAUGAGCAUGUCCGUAGAUUGUGACAGGUAUUAUUAUAUAUUACAUCUAGAGAUCAUGCUUAAACAAUUUUUUUGUCAGUUAUAGUGUCACCAGAGUCUUAUUUCUUUUAUUUCUAAACAUAUUUGUUUUGUCAGAGUUCCCGCAUUCUGACUGCAUUGCAUAUCAAAUUAAGAUUUAUACUGAUUAAAUGCCACCUCUUACCCUAGGUCACAGAUUGGCAACUUUUGCUCUAAGGGUUUCAGCACUUUGUCCAAAUGGCUUAUAUACUGCACAUCCACCAGUUUUGUAUGAACUUUACUGAAGCUGCUUUCAGACACUGAACUCCUGCUCUGCACGUUUUCCUGAGAUUUUCCUGCCAAUCCCCCAGUAAACUGUUUGGUAAAUGUCAGAGUGAGUCCAUGCCAGAAUACAACAGGAAAUUCACAAGCAAGGGAAACUUUCCCUUUUUCAGUUUCUAGGUCCUAUAACAAAAUGCAAAUAUUCCAUGAUUCAAACGAGAAACUAUACAUGUAGAAGAGGCUCAUAAAGAUGGAAAUUUGGAAAGACAUCUAUAUUUGAGGGCCUUUGAUGAUUGGGCCGAUGUGCUGUUGAUGUGCUGUAAAGAAAAAUACAGGAUUUCCGCAGCAGAAUUUAUACAUAAUAUCCUGCCUCCAUCAAGCUCCAUACAGACGAAAGUACUGCCUGAAUGUUCCGGACAUUUUCCUGUUGUUGUCAAAACAUCUGACACAAACAAACUCCUGCUGUGUUCCUCAUGUUUAAAAAGUUUUUCAAACGUCCUGACCCAAUUUUCCAGACGUGUCCCGGAGUUCAUGUCUCCUAACUGAAAUGUGCUUUUUCAGAGUGCCAGUUAGCUUACUACCAUCAGCUUACUCCUUCUCCAAUGCUAAAUAUUUUCUUAUAAAAUAACUCAAAAAUGAAUAACAAUUAAGGGGAGGAAGAAUAUUACAUUUUGUCCAAAUGUAUAAAGGGAUAUGAGGCUGAAUUGACUUAAGCUGUCACAGUACAUUUAUGUGACUGGUAUCAAUCUUCUCUUCAAAUGCUCUGUUAGAAAGUGAAGCAGCAUCUUUCACAGAAUGUGGAGCUGUUUCUUAAAACGUUUGGUGUUGCUUAGCAUCAGUUUAAAAUGUUGUGCUCUGGCUAUCAGGUGUACUAUGAACUGUGCUACACAAACCAGGCUCAGUUGUAACCAUUCACCAGCAAUAACAUAGCCAUUCAAUAUGCAAUAUGCUAUUCAAUCAUUAUCAGGUCAUACUGUUUCAUGAGAGAUGCGUUCUGAAAUUGGCUCCAGGGGCCUUAACCCUCUGAAACUUAUGUGAAACAGAAAGUGGUGAAUUUUGUCAUAUUGUUACAUUUAUUAUGAUUCCUUAAAAAUGAAAAUAUGGAUCUUGAUCAAAGUGCAGCUUUAGGAGUCCGUGUCUAAGAUUUAGUCGAUGGGAUCUAUUGGCAGAAAUUGAAUAUAAAGUAAUUUUAGUGAUAUUUUCACUAUUGUGUUUCAUCUAAUUUGUACUACUUGUUGUUUUCUUUACCCUUGUAUGGGUCCUAUAAUAUUCAAAUACUUUAUGUUAACACACAAUUUGUUUUGUGUGUGUUGACAACUGAAGGCUCCCACAGGUUUUCCUUCAUGUUUGCAGCGGGAGGGUGAGGUGAGGGGUAGUCAGCUGCAACAUGCAACUUCACCACUAGAUAUCACUAAAUUCUACACACUGAACCUUUAACCUUGUAAACCUCAGUCACAGUAUCAGCAGGUCUUUGGCAUUAGAUCCUUUCAGAACCACUGCAGAGAAUAUCCAUAUUUCGAGUUUAACAAUAUAUGUUAAAUAUGAAAAUACAGACAUGUCAGCGUUAGGUGUGUGUUGUACUGUGUUGAGAUUCUCUUUGAGGAACUCUGUGUGCUCUUACCUCCGUGCAUGCACAGUCUCCUGCAUGACAAUAGGCACUGCAUUAACCAGUGUGAUAGUUUGUGUGAAUGUUAGAGGCUACAAAAUAGAGUUUUUGAGAGGCCCAUUUCUGCACAAUAGGGCUCUGCAUGACAUAGUCUACUGCUCAUCUGAAGAGGCGGGAAAGAAAGGCUGGUUUGUUGAAUGUGGGCAACUGAAACUAAUACUGUCAACCUUAUGUAGAAGUGAUGAAAGGUUCUCUAUUUUUAAAGCGUGCCUUUCUGAAUAUCAUCACUGCCUAACCUUGUUACUGUGUGUGUGUGUGUGUGUGUGUGUGUGUGUGUGUGUGUGUGUGUGUGUGUGUGUGUGUGUGUGUGUGUGUGUGUGUGUGUGUGUGUGUGUGUGUGUGUGUGUGUGUGUGUGUGUGGGUGUGUGUGUGUGUGUGUGUGUGUGUGUGUGUGUGUGCUGUUUACCCUUUUCAUCAAAAAGAAGUAUUUUUAAAAAUACCAGAAAUAAAGUCAUUAUGGAAACGUUACAGAUGUGACACUUUACAAUCAGCUGUAGAAGCUGCAUUUAUAAUUGCUAUUGAAGUGCAGCUUGCAACCAGAACAUCCCCUUUUAUUCUACAGUUAUGUGAUUAACAAGUAUGGACGUGUAAUUACUCCACAUGAAGCGAAAAAGCUCUUGUUCCUUGGCAGAGACCGUAGCAUAAAUGGAGCGUGACUGCCACAACCCUGGGGGGCGUGUUUGGCAUUUGUAUCAGAUCCUUCCAGUUACACCCACUUACGUUGUCUGAAACCGUAUCAAUCAGCAUCUCACCCCUAAAGUGCGUGUGCUGCCUGCAACUCUGACUGACUGUCAGAGAGAGGUGGGAGGGAGCCAGUGGAGAAGAUAAACAAGCUUUGCCUCAUGGAUGUAUUCUAAUCAACCUGCACGCUGUUGAAAUGAGAUCUUUCCUGUCUUGUUGAAUAAAUCUCUUCUUCACUAAGAUAAA